AACGAACGCAUCGGAUGACGGAAUCAUCCGCGACCCAAACAAGAUCCUCACAAUACCUACCACCUACCACCUACAACCUCACCUCACCACACCAGCAUCCAAACGGACAGCCAAGCAGACAGACAGCCAAACAGAGAAACACAAAAAUGUCCUCCCCACCCAUCAAAACCAGCGCCUCCCCCUCCGAAACCACCCCAACCGCAACCCCCAACCCACUCCUCCGCACAAACCACCCCCUCGUCUCCCCUCUCGAACAAGAAGUCCUCGACGAAUAUGCCCGUUUACUCGGCAACGUGAAUAAGUUAUCCAACAAACUCUCCUACCUUGCGGGCAACCCUACAUCCCUCACCCUCGACGGCCUGCGCCAUCUCGAACGCAAGACCGCGACCGUGUGCACGUUACUCAAGGCGAGCGUGUAUAGUAUUGUUCUUCAGCAGCAGAUUUUUAAUGAGGAGGAGCAACAUCAUCAAUCCCAACAAGAGCAGCAGGGGCAGGAGGGAGGGGAGGGGGUGCAUGGGGAUGAGGAGGGACAGGAGUAUGGGGGUUACGGUGACGAGGGGGGGUAUGGUGGGUAUGGAGGGUAUGGAGGGUAUGGAGGGUAUGGGGAGGGGGAGAGUUAUGCGCGGUUUGGGUGA